AUGUCGCAAAGCUUUCUCGACCGCAAGCUCAAGGAGCUUGAGAAGGCGUUGCAGACCGCAGUGAUUGACAAGCUUGACGAUAUCCUGGAGACGCUUAACGAGCAUCUGUUCGACAAAUUCGGCCCUGCCAUCGCGACGGCUGCGAAUGAUGCUGUGCCUACGGCGAACAAAUGGGGCGCACAUCGCGACGCAGGCGGUCUGCACUUCUCUACACACCGCGCGACCAUUCGUCGGAGUGGAGUCUUCGCCGGUGCGUCGGGACUUCAGGACUUCAAUCAACAGCUUUUCGAUCCCACCUUCACCAGGACUGGUACGGGUCUGCUGCAAAAGUUCCAUGCCGCGGUGGAAGCCCGUUGCAUGGACAAAGGACACGGUGUUGGCCGGAUUAGCCUGCUUCGCAAUCAGUUGACCACCUACCAAGCAAUCUUGGACGAUCUGAUUGCCACGGCCAUCACCUCGAUCAACGAAGGCCGACGCGACAUCAACCGAGAAUUCACCCCGGUCAUCACGAACUGCAUGGGCCCCGCGUACGAUUACUGUGCAAACGAGAGUGGCAUGGGCUGCUUCAAGCGCAUGAAGUCGUACAUGGAGCAGCACGUGGAUCACACCAAGGUGUCCAUGUUCAACAAUGCGUGUGAGCAGGUGCGCAGCAGUCUGUCCACGCUGGUCAGCCAAGUGCGUAAGCACAUGCUGGAUCGGGUGGAUAGUGUGUACGUGAGCAUGAAGGGCGACUACAUGCGUGUUAUUGGCGGCGUGAGCGUGGCACAGUCGAUCAUGCCGCGCGAGGAGCGGGCGCUGCGUCGCGAGGUCGACGAUGCUAUUACUGACGCCGAUGGUGCUUUUCAGAAGAUCGUUGCGAGCGAGCUUGAGGAGCUGCGAGAGGCGCGUCUGGCUACGGAAGGCGUUGUGGUGAAGUACAAAGAGGAGCAAAUGGAUGUCGACGAUGGGUUUGAGACGGCGCGCGAGUCCGAUAGCGAGGUGGAGGAGGAGGAGGAGGAGGAGGAGGAGGAGGAGGAGGGAGAAGGAGCGAAGACCCAGACGACGCCUGAAAAGGCUGUGGGGGAUGAUGCGGAUUCCACCACGGACGACGAGCUCUAG